UCAGAGCAGAAGAUCGAAAAGAAGAAGAAGGAGGCUUUGCAAAUCAAGUAGCGCUGGUCGCUUCAGCAAGCUCCAAGAAAGGCUCCGAACAACGAAACGAUUGUAAUAGGAAUUCGAUCAGUUACAAACCAUGAUGAAGAUCUUUGUUCUCCUCGUUCUGCUUGUGGCGGCUGCCCAAGCAGACGUCUACCUCCACCAACCCAGAGGUAGCAACAACCGUCUUGACGAAGCCAACCGUGGCCGAAACAACGGCAACAGAUUGUUUGACUCGCAGAAUAACAACCGCGGAGGCUACAACGUCGGCGGUAUUUACUACUAUGAAGGAACUCAGGUGCAUUUCGAGUGGACCAACCAGCACUCUUGUAAUGAUGAGAACAAUGACUGCGAGCUCAUCAUUCAGUACACAUGCGACAGCAUGAUGCGCGAUGGUUCCACCACCCAGACCAUCCCUGAGAACCCCGUUCAGUGCCGUGACUUUGACUGCCAGACUGACUUGAAAUACGGCAUGCACGAGAACUUCGACUACUACCAGAACUGCAAGUACCGCUCGCGCAACAUGGGACUGUUCAUUGCUGACCGAAACCUGAACCGCAAGGACGCCCGCUACACCCGCCAGAACGACAACGGAAAUCGCCGUGGCUACGAGUGUCCCGAGGAGCGUGACUACUACCCGUACUGGGGACCAACACAGUGGAAGGAUGUCGUCAUCAUGACCAGCGACGUAUCUCGCUGCCCGUACUACCAGGACAACAGCCAGAACGUCAAGCCGCGCUUCGCCUGCCAGGUGCCCGACCCGUACUUCCAGUACAAGAAGCGUUGCGGCACAGGACGCACCGGCUACAUCAUUCCCAUCACCGAGGCCGAGUGCAAGAAAGUAUCAUGGAACUACGAGCGCGAUGCCACAAACCCCACGUGCGCAAAGGAGAUCACUGCCUACGAUCCGACUCACCCAGAGACCGGCGUCAACUCCUCGCUCAUCAUCUAUGGCCAGUGGCUGGAGUACCCCAGCCACGGCAUCGCCGGGCCCGACUGCCAGGAGGCGCCCUGGUCGCGUGACAAUCACCUUGGUAACGGAAUCGGCGGCUUCCCCAACUCGUACAACUGGACCGUUCCGAACCUGGACCACGAGUUCUGCGUCUUCCGCAUUCGCUACAACAUCUCGACGUCCGAGUUCGAUGGCUGGUCGAAGACUAACUGGACCACGAUGAACGCUGUCAACCCAAGGCCUGGCAAGCCCACCAACAUUCCUAUCUGGGACCAGGUGAAGCUCAACGAGACCACUGCCCGCAGCCGUGGAUACGUCUUCCGUCAGAACCCAGUUGUUCACAUGUUCGGCGAGACUACGAACAUGCCCCUGCGCCUUGCCAUCAACACCAACCAGUUCUCACGUACCUUCCAGGAUCGUACUCACGCAUUUGCCGUGCGUCCUCGUCCUGCCGAGCUGAAGGAGGCCGUCAUCCACAACGUACAGGUCCGCGGCAAGCGUGGUAACAUCGUCCAGACGUACCCUGGCGUGGAGUACGACUUUGCCCCCAAUCGCUUGGAGAUGGCCAGCGACGAAUACAUCCACUUCCAGUGGACCGGCUCCAACACCAACCCGAACAACAACGCCGGACAAGGCAAGCAGGGCACCGACCGUCACAACGUGGUCAUGCUAGAGGAGCCGCGCUACGAAGAGGGUAGCAUGCCGAGGACCAGCCUGUACGGACAGUGGGGACUCAACUACCCCCAGCACCUGGACAACACCACCUUCCUCGGCUUCAACCGUACCGACAUGGACACACUCGCCUUUCUUACUUCCCAUCAGUUCCGUGGAGAGAUGUCGGAGUUGGAUGACGCCGGCACCUACUUUGACAUGAAGCCACGCAAGGUGACCGAUCUUGGAACGUAUCACUAUAUGUGCACACGCAACAACAACUUCUCCAACCGCAGUCAGAAGGGAAAGAUCACCGUGGGACUCGCAGCCCUGGCUUAUAAGAUGAUUGGCUGGAACGGCGGUGCCAUCGAACUCACCGGCGGAGCCAACCGACUGACAGUGCCACGCGGAACAUUCACCCAGCCACAGAGCCUGCGUGUCGAGCACUGGAAGGAGAAGGACUGCCAGCAGCUUCUGGAGAACCUGGGCAGUGGCAUCUACGGCACGGGCGAGACCGCCAGCGACUGCCUGGCCGUGUUCCCCGAGAGACAGCUAGCCUAUGGCAACAACAGCAUGUGGAUGAACAUGAAGCUCAACGAGCGCCAGUCCGGCGGAAAAGUCCGAGUGUACCAGACCACCACUGGUGCAGCAAACUCGUGGACCGAGGUGACGAUCAACAGCUCCGACGCUACCAGCGUCGCCUUCCAGGCCAAGUCCGGAGGUAUCUACGUCGUGAAGAAGGAGCCGAACGUGGCGCUCAUUGUCAGCAUCACCGCGGCCUGCAUUGUCGUUGGCCUGAUCAUCCUGGGUACCAUCUUCUACUUCAAGCGUUACCCGGGCAAGUUCAGCAAGAUGCGCACCAACACGUCGCAGAGCCUGCAGUACGCAGUGCGCUCCUUCCAGACCAAGGUCUAAUAGCUGACCCUCAUCAACAGCUAUCUAUCUCAAUAUUCUACCUCUUAUUUUUUUCUCCUCGUGGCAGUGGUUGACGUGUCUUGCUGUCGGCCAUGUAUAAUAUGAAUAUUUCAACAAUCUUCUUUCAAUGGCCAAAAUAACUCCAAUUUCGACAGUCAUCCCCACCUUAUAUCCCUUCUUUCUGCUUCGUUUGAUGACUUCGCUUUCUGCUGCUCUGCUGGCCGGAUGCAACAGGAGCCUUGCCAUUCCAACAACUCUCUUUCCUGUCCUAAGUCAAUUUUCGAAAGAA